UUGCGCUGGUGUUGCUCUGGAUACCGGCUCAAUCAGAUACACUGUCAUUGAAGUGUUUACGCAUUGUUGCGUACGCUCUCGCAACUUUCGAUUUCGAAGACGUACGAUGACUGCGUCAUGUAUCGAUCAAACUAAUCCUUUUCAGUAUAUAAUGAAAGUGAUACCCGUGGUUGCGUGUUUAGCGAGAGUAACGAGACAGCUUUACAUUGCUAUUUAGCAGUAUUGCAAAUAAGUGGCUGAACAUCGUCGUAGAUAAGAGGGACAAUUAUCGAUUUGUAUAGUGAGCACAGAGUAAAUUGCAGGCCAAACAUAUGGCGUCUACAUCUAAAAAGCAAAACAGUGGUUUUAUCCGCAAGAAGAACACAAUCAAAUAUGAAUUGACAGAAGAACAGAAAUCUGACGUAAAAGAAGCCUUUGAUUUAUUCGACCCAGAUGGUACCGGAAAGAUCGCCACCAAGGAACUUAAAGUUGCCAUUAGAGCAUUGGGCAUUGAACCAUCCAAGGAGGAAUUAAAGAAGCUUAUAGUAGAUGUUGAUCCAGAUGGUCUUGGUAAAUUAUCUUUUGAAGACUUCUUGGAUAUAAUGACAGUGAAAAUGUCAGAAAAAGAUUCUAAGGAGGAAGUAUUGAGAGCCUUUCGUCUCUUUGAUGACGAUGAUACAGGAAAAAUAUCAUUCAAAAAUUUGAAGAGAGUAGCAACUGAGUUGGGAGAGACUUUAACUGAUGAGGAAAUACAAGAAAUGAUUGAUGAGGCGGAUAAAGAUGGUGAUGGAGAGAUAUCCCAGGAAGAAUUUCUUAGAAUCAUGAGAAAAGCGUGUCUAUAUUAAAUUAUUGUACCAUUGCGUAUCAUUUCUUAAAUGUACAUUCUGUUUUUGUAUACCUAAGAAAAGACUGAUGUGUGUGUUAGCAAUUAAUUUGCUAUACUCGUCAAAAAUAUUUUCUCAAGAAUUAUUGUUUGUGCAUAUGUUCAGUAAUGUGGUCACAAAACAAGAAAUAGUUGCAUAAUUGAAAUCUAAAGCUAUAUAAACUAUUAUAUACAUGUAUAUGUGUAAAUUCUUUACAGAUUAUGUGAAACCCCAAAUAGCUAUUUAGAAAUUUGAAUUUAAAUGGAUAUAGCAAAACAGUCAAUAAGAAGCAGUUUAUGAAUUUUUAUAUCUAUUUUUUCUGAUUCUAUGUAUAUUGCAUGUUUAUGUUAAUUUGAUUAACAUUAAGUAUAUGUAUAACUUUAUAUAAGUAUAUGUGUAACAUUAUGUAUAACUUUCACAGUCUGCCGAUGUACAACUUACUGUAUCUGUUACUUUUCAUUUUUACGUUAUAUUUUGAGGUAAAAAAUAAUACAUAUACUUAGU